GUACAAUUUAGUCGGUAUAAAUAAUUAUUCCUAGUACACAUGUUCGCACAUAUUUUGUGCGGCUCGUGAUCCCUCCAUCGAUUUAACCUGCACGGACGGUUGUUUUUCUUUUUAUUAUCAGUCGACGAACAGUUGUACGAACGCCAUAACAAUAUUCGUGCGCGCACACGCACUCUAUCCCGAUCCACAAAACCACCUCUGCUUCACACACGCGCACACACGCACACACACACACCGUGCGCACGGUGUACGCACACACUGACGCAUACACUCACACAAAUUACAAACACACUCGCACGAGUCCGAACGCUCAAGCCGCAGUAAUAAUAAUAAUUAAUAAUAUUAUUAUUAUUAUUAUUGCCGUUCGGGAUUUAUCUCGUUGACCACCGAUCCCCGACGAGGUCGGACAGCGUACACCACGCGAAACACGAACGCGAUUAUUCCGUUUUCGUACAAAACGUGAUCAGCUCUGUCCGUUACCGUACGCCGCCCGGCGUUCCGCUGAACAUCGAUCGAGCAACUGUACCACCGAGUUAGCCUUCGACGAAGGUCCUUUGGCUGUUGGUCGCUCAUUUUUGAUCUUCAUCUCUAGUAGGUAUUUCCCCUAUUUUGAAAAAUGGCUGUAAACGUACUGCAGACCAACAACACUGGCAAAAUUAAUAACAAACGCUUGGCAUUGAUACAAAUUGUAAAAAUUGAUCUGAAUACUGGAAACAACUCUGAAACCGACGAUGAUGGUGUUGUAUACUCGCCCGCUUACAUUUCCACUACUAAUACUUGUGUCGUAAAUAGUGGAACAGCAUCACAGGGGAUACAAUUUCAAUUAUUGGAUGGUAACAAUGAGAAUAUUGUAGAAUUUACUCCCAGUUAUUCAGUGGACUAUUGUAAAGUUUCCAAAGAUACAUAUGCCAUACAGUUGAAUAAUCAUUCAUAUAUGUUAAAGUUUAAAACACAUAUAGAUUUGUAUGAAUUCACUGUAUUGUUGGCUCGUGCUAAAAAAGGGAAUGAACUCUCAGUUUUUUCAAAUCGAACUGAUGAAGCGUCAGCGGCACAAUAUUUUCAAUUUUAUGGCUAUCUUUCUCAACAACAAAACAUGUUACAAGACUAUAUACGUACAAGUACCUAUCAAAAAGCAGUACUUAUUAAUACCAUAGACUUUCAAGACAAAGUUGUACUAGAUGUAGGCGCUGGAUCGGGGAUAUUAUCAUUUUUUUCUGUUCAAGCUGGUGCUAAAAAAGUGUAUGCUGUUGAAGCAAGUUCAAUGGCACAACAUGCUCAGACUUUGGUAGAUUCUAAUAAUUUAGGAGACAAAAUUUUUAUUGUUGCUGGUAAAAUUGAAGAAAUUGAUUUACCUGAAAAAGUAGAUGUUAUUAUAUCAGAACCAAUGGGAUAUAUGCUCUAUAAUGAGCGUAUGCUUGAAACCUAUUUACAUGCUAAAAAGUGGUUAAAACCAGGAGGGAAAAUGUAUCCUAGUAAAGGGGAUUUGCAUAUAGCUCCAUUCACUGAUGAUGCCUUAUUCAUGGAGCAAACAAAUAAAGCCAGCUUUUGGGUUCAGUCCUGUUUUCAUGGAGUUGACUUGAGUUCAUUAAGAGAUAUGGCUAUGCGGGAAUAUUUCCGACAGCCAAUAGUUGAUACAUUUGAUAUCCGUAUAUGCCUUGCAAAGUCUGUCAAACAUAGCUUGGAUUUUCUCACAGCUACUGAACAACAAUUACACAAGAUUGACAUCCCAUUAGAGUAUUAUAUACUUGAAUCUGGAACAAUUCAUGGAUUAGCUUUUUGGUUUGAUGUUGCAUUUCAAGGUAGCAGUCAAACUCUGUGGCUUUCUACUUCACCUACUGAAUCUUUAACUCAUUGGUAUCAAGUCAGGUGCCUUCUAGAAAAACCAAUUCUUGUUAAAGUUGGUCAAAUUUUAACUGGUAGUGUAUCACUUCAAGCUAAUGUUAGACAAAGUUAUGAUGUUUUUAUAAACUUAAUGAUUGACGGACUUCCACACACAAGUUCUUCCAACAAUUUGGAUCUUAAAAAUCCAUACUUUCGAUAUACUGGUCAACCACCACAGCCUCCUCCUGGAGUCAAUACUAUAUCGCCCAGUGAAAGUUAUUGGGCAAACUUGGAUCUUCAAAGUACUACUUCUGCUUUAAACAUGGUUAAUGGCAUUCCAUUAAACGGUUAUGCUACAGAAAUUUCCAUGGAUAUGCAAACAUCUCCAACUGCUGUAGCCAACAAUGCAAAUCUUAUAAAUUUAGUUACCGUACCUCAACCAAAUAUUCAUCCAGGGUCUAUAAGUAGUACUGGACGACAACGUGUUAGCACAGCUACUUCUACAGCAGGAGCACAACUCAUUGGUGGUGGAAUAUCUCCAACCUUAUUUACUUCUAACCAGAACCAAAAUCAACAACUUUUGUUAGGAGCAGCAACAGCUGCUGCAGGAGGUUCAACCACUGCUAUGGGAAAUUAUCCAGUUAACAACAGUUUAAUGAUUGGAGACUAUGUUGCGCCCAGUACUGGUGUUUUAAAUAUUUCAUAUCGUUAAACUUAUUACAUUAUGAUUUAUUUGUAUUUACAAAAUAAAUCUUAAACCGCGAUAAUUUCAAACUCCCUCUUAAGGGGAUUUUUUUCUCCUUAAAUAAAUUUACCAUCCAGUCAAAUAUUUAUUUGAUAUAUAUAUAUAUAUGUAUAUAUAUACAAUAAUAAUAUAAAUAGUUCAUAUGUUUUAAUACAAACUAUUUUUAUUUAUAAAUAUAAACUCAAGUAGGAUUAUUAAUUUUAAAAAGGAUAUGUUUUCCUGUUACUCAUUUUUUUUAUAAGAAAAAUAAUAUUUAUAGACUAUUAAUAUGAUAAACAUCCAUUAUUUUUACAUUUUCAUAAAAAAUAAACUAAUUUAAACAGGUUUCAAACAUAAAAAAUGUUUAGCAAUAAAUGUUCUUUACUUCCCAAUUUAUAUUUUUAAAGUAAUAUAUAAAUAUAUUAUUAUAUAUUUGCUUCAAAAUUGUUACAUUCAUUUAGGGUUGAAAAAUUAACAUUUAAAAAUAUAGUUUAAUGGUACAUAAUAAAUGCAAAACAAUUAUAAGUAUUAAUUAUUUUAUAAUUAAUAAAUAACAAUAAUAAUAUUAUCAUUAAAAUAUCAAAAAUCAUUAUUCUAGAUAUAUUAUUUUUUAUGGAACAUAAAAUUGUUAUUUAAUAGUGUAUAAUAAUUUUAGUUAAGCCUUUGUUGCUAAUUUAUUGUUAAGGUUGAUUAUAUGUAUCAAUAAUAAUUUGGCAAUAACUUUAUGUAUACUUUUUUAUAACUAUUUUUCUUUGUAAUAUUAUUUUUAAUUUGAUAAAUAUUAAUACCUAAGGUGUGCAUUAUUCUACCUUUUUCCUGAUUAUUUCCAUGUAUUUUUCAUUCUCUUAUGUGAUUUGAAUAUAAAAUAUCAUAGCUUUUUUACAAUAUACUUAAAUAUUAAUUCAUUAUUGUGAUUCCUAUGUAUACAUAAUAUAUAGUAAUAUUUUAAUUAAGAUAGUACAGUUAUGUAAAGCUUAAUAUUAAUAAAAUGUUCAAAUAAAUUUAUCACCACUACCAACCAA